CUGAAAAAAAUUGAAAGCCGCCCAAGUGGUCAAGAGUAGGGAAAUUUAGCUUUUUAAAGUGAUUAAUUGAUUUAGUUCAAAAACUGUACGUUGCUAGUGUUUUAGGGCCGACAGCAGUGAACUACACGGAUUCUGGAAGUCGACUUUCUGUUGGGGUGGGGGAGGGAAGUACAGAUAAAGAUAAACGGGUUACAUAAUUGUCGUAGAAAAAGGCUAGGAAGAAGAAAGGGACGGGGCAUGGAGUGGGAUGCGGUGUUAGCUGAGAAGGGCAUGGGCCAAAGCGAGUGAGAUUUGAGCUAAGCCAGGAAGGAGGCAAGGGUUUGAGCCAGGUGGCUCCCUGGAGGAAGAGCAUUCCCUGCGUGGGGAAAAGCUAGAGCCGAGGCCCAGGGGCGGGAGCGAGACUGGCGCAUUAGAAAGGGCUAGGCUAGACCUGGGUGGUGGUGGGGAUUGAGUGGAGGGAGAAUGGCAGGGCCUGAGGUCAGAGCUGUGGAGAGAGCAGCCCUGUGGAUCAGGCAGCGCCUUGCAGGCUGCUCUAGGGACUUCAGCCUUACUCUGGCUAAAACGGGAACCAUAGCAAGGUUUUGAGCAGAGAAAUGAUGUAGCUUGAGUAGAUGUUAAUAGACUCACUGGCUGCCGUAGAGAUGGAGAGUAGGGGCAAUCAGUUUAGGAGCAUCCCUGCAGCCUCUAUAAAAGACUGACUUUAGGCCGGGCAUGGUGGCUCACGCCUGUAUUCCCAGCACUUCACAAGGCCGAGGCCGGCGGAUCACUUGAAGCCAGGAGUUCGAGACCAGCCUGAGCCAACAUGGUGAAACCCCAUUAUAAAAGUUAGCUGGACAUAGUGACGUCCGCCUGUAAUCCUAGCUACUCGGGAGGCUGAGGCAGGAGAAUUGCUUCACCUCAAGAGCAGAGGUUGCAGUGACCCGAGAUGGCAUCACUGCUCUCCAGCCUGGGUGACAGAGUGAGACUCCACCUCAAAACAAACGAACAAAAAGCCUGACUUUAUCCCAGCACUUUGGGAGGCCAAGGCGGGUGGAUCACGAAGUCAGAAGUUCGAGACCAACAUGGCCAACAUGGCGAAACCUCAUCUCUACUGAAAAUACAAAAAUUAGCUGGGCAUAGUGGCACACACCUGUAAUCCCAGCUACUCGGGAGGCUGAGGCGGGAGAAUCGUUUGAACCUGGGAGUCGGAGGUCGCAGUGAGCUGUGAGCGCCAUUGCACUGCAACCUGGGCAACAGGGUGUGAUCAGCACUGGAAAAGAUGCCUGCGCCUGCUGCCACAUAUGAAAGAGUAGUUUACAAAAACCCUUCCGAGCACCACUACAUGAAAGUCUGCCUAGAAUUUCAAGAUGGUGGAGUUGGACUGAAUGCUGCGCAGUUCAAACAGCUUCUUAUUUCUGCCCUGAAGGACCUGUUUGGGGAGGUUGAUGCCGCCUUGCCUUUGGACAUCCUACGCUAUGAAGAGAAGACCUUGUCAGCCAUCUUGAGAAUAUGUAGCAGUGGUCUUGUCAAAUUGUGGAGCUCUUUGGCCUUGUUAGGAUCCUAUAAAGGCAAAAAAUGUGCUUUCCGGGUGAUUCAGGUUUCUCCAUUUCUCCUGGCAUUAUCUGGUAAUAGUAGGGAACUAGUAUUGGAUUGAAGGAAUAGUCUUCUAUUUUGGAAACAUUCCUCCACUCUCAGAUUUAUUUUUUGGUGCCUGCAUGUUUGAAGACUGAAGCAGGCUAAAAGCUCUUGGUGAAAUUUGAGGGUGCUGAAGAUGUUCCCACUAAUUUCCAGCCAUCACCUUUGGUGGGGUGGGCUUCGGAGGAGAGUCUGCCUGAACCUCCCGGUGCUGGCCCUGCAGCACUUUCAGCAUAUGCACAUCAGAGUUGGAGACCGUGCUGAACUUAGGAGGGCCUUCACACAGACGGAUGUGGCUACCUUCUCAGAGUUAACAGGGGAUGCCAAUCCUUUGCAUCUAAAUGAAGACUUUGCAAAACACACCAAGUUUGGAAAUACAAUUGUACAUGGAGUUUUGAUCAAUGGACUUAUCUCAGCUCUCCUGGGAACUAAAAUGCCAGGGCCAGGCUGUGUAUUUCUUUCCCAAGAAAUUAGCUUUCCAGCCCCUUUAUAUAUUGGAGAAGUUGUUUUAGCUUCUGCAGAAGUGAAAAAGCUAAAACGGUUCAUUGCUAUUAUUGCAGUGUCGUGUUCAGUAGUAGAAAGUAAAAAGACUGUCAUGGAAGGCUGGGUUAAAGUUAUGGUUCCAGAAGCUCCUAAAUCCUGAAAUACGUGUUUAAAGAUGCAACCUCAAACACCAAUGCUGUUAUUAAAGAGCCUUUGGGGAAAUGGA